AAAGGAGGAAGUGGUGUUGUGGUUUUAUGUUUUUUGGUACUCGGUGGUUCUGCUUCUACCGCUUAUAAAUUUAUCAAGAUACAUAAAUAUUCACUUUAGCGCUGUGUGUUGCCUGUCUCGUCCUGAAAUGGUCUCGAAACAAACUACUGAAAUGGACCGGCGGUGCCUGUACACUGUGUACUACCGUAACAUGUUUCCGGGGGAUCGUAUAGGAGGCGGACCUGUAAACAUUUCGAGCGUGGUGUGGUACAGAGUUGUACUUGCCCAUCACUACGUGUAACGUACAGGAAUGGGUUGAGGAAAUGUGAUAGUUGUGUGUCCUAGCCAGCCUGUUAAACGGCUCAGAGAGGCUCUCUCUUUGCUGUUCCGGUCAGCCUGUUUAAUUACACACACGUUAGCUUGUUAACCUACCAAACGUGCACUUUAUGAAGAUAUGAAAUUACUCUUUCUUGCCUGUCUCAGUCCUAAAACUGGGAACAACACAACAGCUGAGAGAAUAAGGUCCCACAUUGAAUCAGCGGGGCACAUUUGUGAGCUCAGAGAUGCUGCAGAAUUUCAGUCCUCCACAGAGGUUGCAGACCUAGUAUCUCAAAAUCCUCCAUUUGAGGGUGCAUUGGCCAUUCAUCUCUUCAAAGCUGGCAGACUCCUCUUAGACGUCCAAGUUCCAUUUGGUGUUAUCUUUGGCGGAACAGACAUAAAUGAAGAUGUGAAAGUUGAACAGAAGCGUGUGGUUAUGGAGCAGGUGCUACUGAAAGCCAGGUUUGCAGUUGCAUUUACUGAUAAAAUGAAAGAAGAUGCUGAGUUAUUUUUGCUUUCCAAGAGCAGUAAACUUUAUGUCCAGCCUCAAGGCAUACAGACUGAAGUAACCAAGAAAUUCUGCUGGACUGAUUUCUUAAGGAGCACAGGUGUAAGCACGGAGCAUGUGGAUGACCUGCGUGUCUUCCUAUUGGUCUGUGGCCUCAGAAGAGUCAAGGAUCCGCUUUACCUCGUUGAGGACUUUUCAGAGUGGCACUCUCAGAAUCCCCGGAAUGUGUUGGUCAUUAUCGGGCCAAAAUGUCUGUUAUGUCUUUCAAGCAGUGAAGUCAGGCAAAAGAUUGAUCCUAUGUUUACUGCAGAAGUUGAAGGUGUAGUCAAAAGAACAGCAGGGGUCUUCUUGGCCCAGGAGAGGAGCCAACAGGAGCUUCAUGCUGCCAUGAAAAGAUGCUUUGCCUUGGUUAACAGUUCUGUCUCAGAGGGCAUGUCAGCAGCCAUCUUGGAGGCGAUGGACCUCAGGGUACCAGUGGUGGUUAGGGACAUUCCUGGAAAUGCAGCAGUUGUACAGCAUGAGAUCACAGGCCUGCUAUACUCUUCUCCUCAGGAAUUUGUGCAUCAAUCUGAGAGGCUGUUGUCAGAUCACGAGCUGAGAGAGAGCCUGGUGAAGAAUGGGAAAAUUUAUGUGGAACAGCAUCAUAGCCUGAAACAGGAGAGGGAGACUUACCAGAGGCUGGUGGGCACUUUGCACUGAGCUUAAGGUCACACCAUUUAAGAAGGAUUUUCAGUGACAGAAAAUAGGGCAUUACGUUUACAAUUUCUGGUGUCUUUACCACAUCUGUAUGCAAAUGAUGUUUUUAAACCAAAGAUCUACAUAUGAUUGGGAUAUCUUAGUACUGCAGAAAUAUUUUUUGACAUUUUAAUGCAUUUAUGGUUUUUGAAUUUGCACAUUAUUUAUAGUUUAAUUUAAAUAUAAAGGGAAAAGUUCUUUGUUUCUUCAUUACACUGAAUUAAAGAAGCAAUAAAACAUCACUGGUUUCUUUUGACUGGUGUUCUAAAUAAUACGUUAAAUAUUAUUAGUGUUUCUUCCACUGACAGUAAAAGAGAAGUUUGUUAUACUUUGCAAAAUUUUGAAGGUGUCAUCAAAUCUUUGUUUGCCCUUAAAAGCAGCACAGGAUCAGGGUUAUUUCUUUUCUAAUACCAGUAUUUCUUUUUUUCUACUGAGUCUAUAAGCUCCUACAUUCAUUUUUAAUAAAGUGCAAAGGUUGAGCCGUCCAAAUUCAAGAGCUCAGGAAAAAACUCAAUUUGUUUAAAGGGUAGUGGGUCACUAAAGGUUCUUGUAAUUUUCUGUUACAAAGGUUCAUUUUGGCAACACACCAGGGCAAGGACUGGUUAGAAUAUGUGAGGAUAUUUCUUGCUUUUUACCUCUUGCACUGUGUUACAUUUCUAGAGAUUACAUCAAAGAAAAAUAUGGGG